ACUGCCCGCUGCACGCUCCCCACACAGCGCCACAGAGGACGUCAGGAUCGAGCCCAUCAUCAACGCGAAAUGCUUUGCGAACUGAACCUAUCUCAAGCAAUCCUCCCCGAUUCCCUGCGUUUCGGCGAGGAGGCAUUCACACGUUCAGGCAUACAAGCGGGCUAAAAGAAGUGGGAAGUGGGAAGUGGGGAAGGUCAUCGAAAGUGGAAAGACUGCUCGCGUCGUCGACUAUGGUCUGUGGUACAGGAACCAGCACAACGAGCCAACAUCUGUAACUUCGGGAUUUACUUGUUAAAGGAGCUUUCCGUGGAUAUCGUGGGGAUAGUCCGUGUCCAAACAUGCCUGUCAGAAGAGGUCACGUUGCGCCACAAAACACAUUCCUUGGAAUUAUCAUACGGAAAUUCGAGGGUCAGAAUCGGAAAUUUGUCAUAGCAAAUGCCAGGGUAGAGAACUGUGCAAUCAUAUAUUGCAACGACGGCUUCUGUGAGAUGACCGGUUUCUCCAGACCGGACAUCAUGCAGAAGCCGUGCACCUGCGACUUCCUCUACGGCGAGCUGACGGACAAAGAGGCCAUCAGCCAGGUGUCCCAGGCCGUGCUCGGUUCUGAGGAGCGCAAGGUGGAGAUCACCUACCACCGCAAGGAUGGUUCUGACUUUCAGUGCAACACCCACGUCAUCCCGGUGAAAAACGAGGAGGGAAUGGUGAUGAUGUUUAUCUUGAAUUUCGAUUACGUUGUGGAUGAGGAGAGUGACAACUCCACCGAGAAGAUAAGCCCCACGUCCCCGACAAAGUCAGAUCAAAGGAGGAGUCGAUUCUUCCGCUUCCGUCAGGCAGCUUUUAGCCUAAUGAAUACCAACAAGCAAUCUCUUCCACAAGAGGACCCUGAUGCUGUGAUGGUGGACUCGCCUAAAGACAACGAGGAUUCAGUGGCCCUGCAGAACUUCCCCUCACCCACAAAGAGCAUUUUUAGUCCCAUUGAGACCAAUGACACACAUGGCCUCAUAGGCUCCAGCCACCACUCAUCCCAGGCCAGCAUCGGUCCUGAACCACUUGACCAUUCGUCCCCUAAACCCCCCUGGGAGAAGCUGUACCAGACAGAGCCCCACCAGUCCUCUACCACCCUGUCCAACACCUUCCCCAGAGGCAGCAUCAACAGCAUGAGGCGGGCCUCAUCCGUCCAUGAAAUUGAAGCCUAUAGCUCCAAUUCCAAAAGUAUAUUCAGGGAUCGUCAUACAAGUGAAGGCCCUUUUAAUCACAUGAAGUCCAGCCUGCUCGGCUCUACCUCUGACUCCAACAUCAACAGGUACAGCACCCUCAACAAGAUCCCUCUGAUAGCGCUCCACUUCUCUGAGGCGACUGACAAGAAGCCCCAUUCCCCGCCUACAUCUGAGACGGCGAUCAUCGCACCGAAAGUCAAAGACAGAACUCACAAUGUCACAGAAAAAGUCACGCAGGUCCUGUCCCUCGGAGCUGAUGUGCUGCCAGAGUAUAAACUCCAGACAACCCGCAUUGACAAGUUCACCAUCCUCCACUACAGCCCCUUCAAAGCUGUGUGGGACUGGCUAAUCCUGCUGCUGGUCAUCUACACGGCAAUCCUCACUCCUUACUCAGCUGCUUUUCUUCUCAACGACCAGGGAGAGCAGAAGAGGCGGGAAUGUGGAUACUCUUGCAGCCCGCUUAAUGUGGUGGAUUUAAUGGUGGACAUCAUGUUCAUCAUUGACAUCCUCAUAAACUUCAGGACCACUUACGUAAACCAGAACGAGGAGGUGGUCAGCGAUCCGGCCAAGAUAGCAAUCCAUUACUUUAAAGGCUGGUUCCUUAUAGACAUGGUGGCUGCAAUCCCCUUUGACCUUCUUAUCUUUGGCUCAGGAUCAGAUGAGACCACCACUCUGAUUGGCCUGUUGAAGACAGCUCGGCUUUUGCGAUUGGUCCGUGUAGCCAGGAAGUUGGACCGCUACUCGGAGUACGGCGCCGCAGUCCUCAUGUUGCUCAUGUGCAUCUUUGCCCUCAUCGCCCACUGGCUGGCCUGCAUUUGGUACGCCAUUGGCAACGUGGAGAAGCCCUACUUGGAGCACAAGAUUGGCUGGCUGGACAAUCUGGGCGUGUCCAUUGGAAAGAGAUACAACUACAGCGAUCCUAGCUCUGGUCCCUCCAUCAAGGACAAGUACGUCACAGCACUAUACUUCACCUUCAGCAGUCUGACCAGCGUGGGCUUUGGAAAUGUUUCCCCAAACACCAACUCAGAGAAGAUCUUUUCCAUCUGUGUCAUGCUGAUUGGCUCCCUCAUGUACGCCAGUAUUUUUGGAAACGUCUCGGCCAUCAUCCAAAGGCUGUACUCAGGUACGGCCCGCUACCAUGCUCAGAUGUUACGGGUCAAGGAGUUCAUACGCUUCCACCAGAUCCCAAACCCACUGAGGCAGAGGCUGGAGGAGUACUUCCAACACUCUUGGACCUACACCAACGGCAUCGACAUGAACACGGAGGUGUUAAAAGGUUUUCCUGAGUGCCUGCAGGCGGAUAUCUGCCUUCACCUCAACAAAAGUCUUCUUGAAGACUGCAAAGCGUUCCAAGGAGCCACCAAAGGCUGCCUGCGGGCAUUAGCCAUGCACUUCAAAACCACUCAUGCCCCUCCUGGAGACACUCUGGUCCACAGCGGGGAUGUGCUCACUGCUCUCUACUUCCUGUCCCGUGGCUCAAUUGAGAUCCUGAAAGACGACAUUGUGGUGGCCAUUCUUGGAAAGAACGAUAUCUUUGGAGAGAUGAUCCAUGUGUUGGCCAAGCCGGGAAAGUCCAACGCUGACGUGCGAGCGCUGAGUUACUGCGACCUGAGCACCAUUCAGAGAGAAGACCUGCUGGAGGUGCUGGACAUGUACCCGGAGUUUGCCGACUGCUUCUUCAACAACCUGGAGCUCACCUUCAACCUCAGAGAUGAGUCUGCUAAGCCCUCGAGUUCCCAGGACUGUGACUCAGACGAUGAGGGCACCAAAAGCAUGAAAAGAAGGAUCUCUUUUACACCAGAUCCAACUAAAGGGGAAAACAAGGAAGUGGUUGAGGACUUGGGAGGGAGGAGGGAGUCUAACUCAUGUCUGAAGAGAUCUACGGAGGCCUUGGGUUCCUCUUCACCCAGUCCUGUAGUACUGGACUCAAAUCUCGUUGUCACAGACAGCUUGGAGAGGAGACCGUCGUUUGAAGAUCUUUGCUGUGAUAAAUGGGCCUGUAAGAAACCUGCGGACUUCUUGGAUGAGUCAGCACACUUUCAGGACCUGAGAGAGGACGAUAACUCUGCCAGCGAGUUCAUGUAUGGAGAGGUGGAACAACGCUUAGGUCAGCUUCAGGAGCACCUCAACAGGCUGGAGUCUCAACUGGUGUCAGACAUGCAGACCAUCCUGCAGCUGUUGCAAAGACAGCCCACGCUGGGACCUCCGGCGUACAGCACUGUGACAGCCAGUCCGGACUAUCACAAACCUGCAGUGAAGGUUCAGCCAGUUGCACUGACUGCAAGCCAUUUCUUCAGCCAUACAGGAGCUCAAGGCCCCAACCUCAGUCUGGAGAGAGCCGUUCAGGAAUCCAAAGACUCUGUGUCGAGCUUGGCCAACGUGAAUGCACCCAUGGAGGACAGCCUUACAGCAUUGCUUGUACAAAGACAUACAGAGCCACAGCAGCAGCAGCAGCAGCAGCAGCAGUCGGUCACAGGACAUCAAUCGUCUGCGCUGCUCCUUCUUCCAACCGACUCCUCCUUCUCUUCCACUCGCUCUCCUUCUGACUCCCACCUCAACGCAUCUGGACUCUGUAGACCGGUCUUAGACCCAGAGUGUCCGAGGCCAUAGACCUUCCAGCAGCACAUUGUUCUAAUAUCUGGGUUGUAAUGCUGUAAUUACUUAGUAGCAGCUUUUUUUUAUCAGCAUGCUGGCACAGACACCUGUAUUGUUCAUUUGCAUUGUCUUUGCAAUAGAAGUAAGAUGUUUUUGUUUUUUUCAUUAUGCAUGUGGAUAAAAUACUGUUCGCUGCAGUUAACAGUGUGCUGACAGACUGUUUUCUACAGUUACCAGUGUAAUGACAAUGGUUACAUAUUGUAACAGUAGUUCAACUCAGAGGCCGUCUGGUGGACUAAAUCGCCUCUUUAACUGAAUUCUACCCUGUCUGUAGGGAUGCUGGGUUAAGAGAUCCAUCUGGUUGGGAUAUAAUUAGCACAACGUCACCUAAAUAAGACGCUGUUUCACCCGGGUUUCGGACUCUGAUGGGCUCCAAUGGAGCUUGGCAUCUUUUCUUGUGAACCUGUUGCAACAAUGUCCCAGAAGGCCUGACAAAUAUCAUCAAUCCAUCAUAUUUAAUUUAUUUAGCAAAAAAAAGCAUCACAACAAAAGUUACCUCACAAAGAGAAGUCUUGCCUGAGCUGUUUUUUUUUAUUUUUUAUGUUGACCGAAAAUAAUUCCCCAUUAGUGAGCAGAUGCCGACAGUGGCAAGGAAAACAUCUUUUAACAGGCAGAAAACCUCGAGCAAAACCAGACUCAUUGGUACAAAGCUAUCUGCUCCAACCUUGCCUAUCAGAGAGAUGUGCCCCCCUCUGUCCCUCAAUUAUUAUUUGCUUAGCAAGAGGAUCUGGCCAACCGACCUCACUCUGGACAGGUUCCAAUGUCCUGUGCUAAGGGAAUAAGUACAACACAUCAGCUGCAGAGGUAUGAGAACACUUGCCUGACAGAGGAUGUUAAUUCAAACUUUGAGUAUCAAAACAGGCAGGAGAAUAAAAACUGUAAAAUGCCUUUUUCAUAUUGAACAGCAGUCAUUACUUUGUACAGAAACCCUGUCAAGAAGGGAUGCUCAAAAAGCAAUACCAGUAUGGGAAAUGUCUCUAUUAUGGCCUUAAAUGCAACACCUGGUAGCAGCAAGUACGUCAUAAAUACACCUGAGUCAAACAUUUAUUUGCAUCCCCAGAAAUUCUUCUUCUCCAAAACCCUACAUAGAAAUGAUAGAUAUAUAUAUAUACCACUCUACGUGAUCAAUCCUUUUUCCCCACCCUUUACCCAUGUAGUAACAAAGGAGGAAAGAAUAAUGAUGACACAGCCAUUCUUCCUCCAGUUGCUGAAAUAUUUGAAUAGCUCCUGACUCUGAGACACUGCCUCGAAUACGGGUCGAAACACAUUCACUGAACCUCCUCCAGUUUUCUCUGUAAGAGCCUGUUAGAGUCCAAAGCCUGAGCAAUAAAUACACAGACUCUACCACUAUUAGAGGCCUGAAUAUGAACACCAUGUACUACUUUUUUUUCUGCAGCUGUUAUUGGAAUACAGCAUUAUUACGAAGGUGUGAGAACAGUUUUCUUAUCCUUAAUUGUAUGCCUGUCUUCUCUGAUGUGUAACUCAGGGGUUAUGGACAAUUGCACUGCAAUAUAUAGUACAGUAUUAUGUAUACUGUUUUUUUUUUGUUUUUUUUUGUUUUUUUUAACAAUGUGCAUUAUUACUGCGGUCACUGAUGUGCACCUACUGUACUAAGUUAGGCCAACAGAACACACCAUACAUGCUUGUCCGGGCAGAUAGCAAAUCCCUGAGCUACACCUCUGACAAACAAGUAUGAUGUAGGUAUUUCUAAAAGGCAGUGCAUGUGUUUUAUAUCUAUAUAUUUACUGUUUUGCACUGCUUAUGAGCCCAAAGUAGCACACAACAAAAUAAAAUGAUGUCAGCAAACUUGUCUCUGUUUUAGGAUGCACUUAGAGAUUGUGUUGGGGGAGGGGGGGGGAGUUAGUACUCGUGCAUAAACAGGCCACCAAGGGGGUGUCGUGCCUAUACAAACAAUCCAAAUGCUAAGUCAGCAUCUUUCAUGUAAUACUAACCAUAUCAUAAAGAAAUUCUAUUGUUUCCCUGUACUCUUUUUGUUGGCAAAGUACAUUAAAAAUGAAGUGUUGUUAGACAGUUGUUAGAAAAUAAAUACUGUACAUGGUAACGCCAGAUGUAAAAAAAAAAAAAAAAAAAAAAAAUGUAUUUUUUUUAACUGAGUAAAUUAUAUGAGGAACUCUUUAGCAACAGUAGUACAUAUGUUUGUUUUAAAGCUGUGGGAGCAAUAAAUGAAACAAAAACACUUGAA